GGGGGUGGGGGUGAGUAAGAGAGAUAAUUCUCUCACUCAGACUAGACCAUUGCAUUGAAUGUCUUGGAAGUACUCAGAUUGAUGAGAUGAUCACUCAAUUUUUACACGUGUUGGAAACUAUGAGAAGAAAGAGGCCACGAUGAAAAAAUCCAAUACCCCAAAUCCAGUAUCAGAAGAGGGAUAAUGUCAAUACCAAACGGGACUGGAGAAACGGGCGCAAAGGACUACACCUAUGUACGGGUUUGUGCGUCGACCGUCUCCUUCAUAAUAUUGGCGUUCUUCAACAUCGUCAUUAACUGGACUAUAGUGCGCGAGGAGCGACUUCGGGGCCAUGCGCGCUUUGUGUUAGUUUUUCACCUGUUGAUGUCAGCUCUGGUGUACUUUGGGAUGUGCUCUGUUUUCUACCUCCAGAUUUACCUCGGCGCCAGGCUGGUGGCAUCCAUCUGUGUGGCCAUGGUAACUGUCCUAAUCACCAGCGCGUCCAAUAUACUCCUGACUCUCACUGCUAUGGCGCUGGACCGUUAUUUUGCUGUCUGUCACCCUAUGAAGUACAGUUCUGUCUGGCAUUGGCCCUGGUUAGUUGGACUACUGACGUGGGGGCUCGCGCUGGUUAUUCCCCUCACUCUGCUCCCCAAGACGGAGCUGGACGCAACUGGUCCAAAUGGGGAAUGUGGACGGGAACAGCUGAAGAAAGGUGAACUGAAAAAAAUCUUGCUGAUAUCUGUGUGUACGAUAUUGAUUCUGUACAGUUAUGUAAGGAUACUGUUUGAGGGGAGAAGGUUGGGGGUGAUAAAUCGACGCAAUAGUGUCGGAUGCAAGACCAUCGCCCUGCACUUUACUCAACUCGCCGUGUACAUCCUCCCCAACUUUGUGCUAAUAGUUAUCCAGAAACAAGAACACCUUCAGUCGGGGACCAAAGAACUGUCAGCGGUGGUGAGCUUUGCCUUCUUUAGUUUGGCGCAGUGCAUAGCACCAAUCGUCUACGGUUUGCGUAAAGAGGAACUCUUGGAGCAGGUGCAUCGCCGGUUCCCUUGUUGUUCCCGCCACCUGAAAAGCGUUCUCGAGUGGACCGUGCGUGCCACGACGCCUCGUCUGCAUCCACAGCCACGAGAAAGAACAUUGACAUCCCAGACACUCAUCUCACUGGAGCCUCCACAGACACCAGUAUAAGGGAAGAGGGAGCCCUCACUACUAACUCAACUACCCCUGUAACAGACCCAUCAGUAUGUCUCCAGUGCUCCAUAGGCUGGGCUAAAUACGUUUUGUACCAGACUGAUACUGCCACCCAAAUGCCAUGGAGACGCUGGUGGAAUGGAGGGUGUAGCAACUAGACAUCACAACACAUUUGGAAGCAUAUUGUAUAUCCAUACAGUGUGGAUUCACCCUCUUUUGCUGAUUCAUUCAUACAGUACUUGAAUAUCCAGCAUCUGCACAAAGCUGUGAAAGUGCUUCUGUUCUACCCAGGAUGUAGUGACUUUAUAUGAAUGGGUAUCACUAUGAACAUAACGGCCCCAGACCUGUAUUAUGUACAGUGUCAGAGAAGAGUCCAACGAGGUUUUGACUAAUUGGACUGAAAAUAUACCGUACAAAACAGUGGCACAGCCAGAUGUAUGGGUGGGCCAAAAAUAUACACUACCGUUCAAAAGUUUGGGGUCACUUAGAAAUGUCCUUGCUUUUGAAAGAAAAGCAAAAAAAUGUGUCCAUUAAAAUAACCCGCAAAACACCAGUCUCGACGUCAACAGCUAAGUGGUGACUCCGGGAUGCUGGCCUAGGCAGAGUUGCAAAGAAAAAGCCAUAUCUCAGACUGGCCAAUAAGAAGAAAAGAUUAAGAUCGGCAAAAGAACACAGACACUGAACUCUGCCCAGAAGGCCAGCAUCCCGGAGUCGCCUCUUCACUGUUGACGUUGAGACUGGUGUUUUGCGGUUACUGUUUAAUGAAGCUGCCAGUUGAGGACUUGUGGAUCUGUUUCUCAAACUAGACACUCUAAUGUGCUUGUCCUCUUGCUCAGUUGUGCACCGGGGCCUCCCACUCCUCUUUCUAUUCUUGUUAGAGACAGUUUGCACUGUUCUGUGAAGGAAGUAGUACACAGUGUUGUGUAGCUAGCUAACACAACAUAGUUAGCUAACACAACGUGCCAUUGGAACACAGGAGUGAUGGUUGCUGAUAAUGGGCCUCUGUACGCCUAUGUAGAUAUUCCAUAACAAAUCAGCCAUUUCCAGCUACAAUAGUCAUUUACAACAUUAACAAUGUCUACACUUUAUUUCUGAUGAAUUUGAUGUUAUUUUAAUGGACAAAAAAUUUGCUUUUCUUUCAAAUACAAGGACAUUUCUAAGGACAUUUCUAAGUGAACGGUAGUGUAUAUAUUUUUCCUACAAUAGAGGAAAAUGUAUAGUUUUAUAGCUCAUUUCAUUCUAUUCUACACAUUUUGCCAUGAGGCUUAGAGAAAUUUUAUAGCUAAUUGAAGCAACAACGAAAAAAAUAGGUGUGUUGAUUGUGAUAAAGGCACUGGAUUAUGAGCUGUCUGGUGUGCUAAAUGAACAAAUGAAAUAAACCGUGACAUGGUGUAUAUAUAGCCAUAGAAGCACAGUGACAUUAUGCCUCAAUGCAGUCAUAUUCGUGGCUUUAUUGGGGGUGUGGCUUUCAGUUAGUUAUUUUUGGCAACCCACCCCGUGAGUGAAUGUCAUUCCAGUGAAUCUGUUUUUAUAUUUCAUCAAAUCUGACUAAACCAGUGUUUGCUAUGAAUUUUAUCUUAUGGUGUUUGCAAGUUUAGGUAAAAACACAAAUAAUGUCCCGUUUGGAAACCAGACAAGUAAAGAGCAUUUUUGCUCAAUCUCGUUGGGUGGGUGUGGCUCCCCUGCGCCUACUCGGCUAGUACAAAUCCCCCAGAAUUGACUGCAUGAGCAUUGUGCAAUUUAGCCUACUAUGCAAAAGUUGAUUCCUUUCAUGAUAAUUGAAGCAGCAAUGACUUUUUUUUGUGAGAUAAAGUCAAGACAAUACGUACUACUUGAAAUGAAAAGACUCCAAUGAAUUCAAGCAGAAAGCCAGAUUGAACAUUAUUGCCCACCCCCACCAUAUGGACCCGUGACAGAUUUUCAGUAAUACAAGAGUUAAUACUGUGAACAGCAUGUGAUCUGGAACAGUAGCAGCUCUGUGGUUGAGCUCGUGUACAAGGGGAAAUUCUCAACGGCAAACCGCAAGAGUUCCUCAUUACUGGCGCAGCAGAUAGCCUACAUGCAAAAACACAACCAAACUAUGAUUCAUUUACAUUUUACAUUUAAGUCAUUUAGCAGACGCUCUUAUCCAGAGCGACUUACAAAUUGGUGAUUCGUAGUGCACAUUCACAGAGGAUGAAGCAGGGGACAAUGUUUGACAUCGACACAUUAUCAGUCUUCACACACCACAACUCAUUCCUGUAAUUGCCUGGUUAGGUUCGGUAAACGAGGAUGUUGAUGAGGUGAAACUAAGAUUAAGGUUCAGAUGAGUGGACUGGAGGGGUUUACCUGCUCAGACCCACAUUACACAAGGUUUUAAUCCUGGACUAUAAAGUGCUUUUAAUGAA